CCUGCAGAGCGGCGCCGGGACCCCGCGUUACAGCCCCGGAACGGGGAGCCUUUGUGGCCGGUUCCUGCAGCAAGCUGCCGCGUCCGACGGCGAUUCUGGCUCAAAGGCAGGCCGGGUUGGAUUGCUGGAGUGUCCGGGAAUGCUCCGAGCGCAGAAAUGAGGCAGAUCGCAGCUAGGUAUUACGAGAAAAAGGAAUUCCCUGCUGGAACGCCCUGCUUCUCGCCGCCGCUGGUAAAUAGGCAUCUCGUGCAGAUGGUUGCUUUGCAGAAGCAGUGCUGAUAACCUGUGUGUAAGGACUCGGGCAGGUGCUGCGUUAGCUUCUUGGUGCUUCCAGGCAAUGCGUGGUGCUUACGUCCUUCAUCGUUAGUGAGCUGGAUGUGGGUUCUGUUGCACAACGGUCAGCAGACCCAGCAGAAGGGUGGAAGUCACAAGGAGAUCUACACAAGGACAAGUUCUAAGGAAAAGCAGCAAGUCAUUUAAUGAUCACUUCUCAUAGCUUUUCUCCUAUGCUUCCCUUGGAGCCAUGGAUGAAUACAACCGCUUUGUGGAUUGGGACAAAAUGGAUGUUACUGUCCAGAGCCAGGAUGUAAAGGAGCUGACCUGCACCGAGUUCCAGGAGCUGAAGCAGCUGGCUCGGCAAGGCUACUGGGCCAAGAGCCAUUCGCUGAGAGCCAAGGUGUACCACAAGCUGAUCAGCAAUAUCCCGUGUCGGACUGUGACCCCAGAUGCCAAUGUUUACCGGGACAUUGUGGUGAAGAUAGUUGGAAAACGUAACAGCAGCUCCCUUCCACUGCCAGAGUUUGUGGACGACAGCCUCGUUCCCACGUACUGCUUGAACGCAGAAGGCAUUGGGGCAGUUAGGAAGAUUAUACUGUGCAUUGCAAAUCAGUUCCCAGACAUAUCGUUCUGCCCCGCGCUGCCUUCUGUGAUCGCUCUGCUUCUCCACUACAGCAGGGAUGAGGCGGAGUGCUUUGAACAGGUCUGUCGCAUCCUUGCUUGCAACGACCCGUCCAAGCGGCUCAUCGACCAGACGUUCCUGGCCUUUGAGUCCUCCUGCAUGACCUUUGGGGACCUGGUGAACAAGUACUGCCAGGCAGCACACAAGCUGAUGGUGGCAGUGUCUGAGGACGUGCUGGAGGUGUACUCUGACUGGCAGCGGUGGCUCUUUGGAGAGCUGCCCAUGGUUUACGUUGCUCGGGUCUUCGAUGUGUUUCUGGUGGAGGGCUACAAAGUCCUCUAUCGCGUUGCGUUGGCUAUUCUGAAGUUUUUUCACAAAGUCAGGGCUGGGCAGCCCAUGGAGUCUGACAGCGUGCAGCAGGAUAUCCGAGCUUUCGUGAGAGACAUUGCCAAGUCGGUGUCUCCUGAGAGGCUUCUGGAAAAAGCCUUUGCCAUCCGCCUGUUCUCACGGAAGGAGAUCCAGCUGCUGCAGAUGGCCAAUGAGAAAGCUUUACAGCAGAAGGGCAUCACAGUCAAACAGAAAAGUGUUACAUCUCCAAAAAGGCAGAAUGUGCACUUGGCAGUCCACGCAGAGAACUUCAAGUCUGAAAUUGUCAGUGUGAAAGAGAUGCGAGAUAUCUGGUCGUGGAUCCCGGAGCGCUUUGCGCUUUGCCAGCCCCUCUUGCUCUUCACCACCUUGGAACAUGGCUGUAGUCUGAGCAGGUUCUAUUCUCACAGUGAGGGACACGAGCCUACUCUUGUUCUGAUCAAGACCACAGCAAAAGAGGUCUGCGGUGCUUAUCUGUCCACCGACUGGAGCGAGCGCAGGCGAGGUGGGAACAAGCUGAGUUUCUUUGGAACUGGGGAGUGCUUUGUGUUUAGGCUGCAGCCAGAAGUGGAACGCUAUGAGUGGGUGAUCAUCAAGCACCCGGAAUUGGCUGCAAGUGGUUCUGAGCCAGAAAAUCAUGCCUCGCCAGCUUCCAACACCCUCUCCUUCAGAGGCUCCCCCUCAGACCCAUCAGAUCGCCUUUCUCCCUUCUUAUCAGCUCGGCACUUCAACUUACCAUCCAAAACAGCUUCCAUGUUCAUGGCUGGCAGCAGUGAAUGCAUCAUUAUAGGAGGCGGUGAUGGCCAGGCUCUUUACCUCGAUGCAGACCUGAACCAUGGGAGGACCAGCCACUGCAACACCUUCAACAAUCAACCGCUGUGUUCUGAAAGCUUCCAGAUCUCCGUCUUGGAGGUGUGGGGCUUCAGGGACACCAUGAAUGGCUGACAUGACUAUCGUUGUUCAACUAGCUUUCAGUUCUGGUAGGAUUCCCAAGGCAAAUUCUAAUGCAGGAGCCAAGUUAGAACAUAGUUCCCACUGGACUCAGUGUUCCUUAAUAAUUACUAAGCAGUGCACCUGGAUGCAGGGCUUAGUUGUGUUUACUCUUAUUUAAGGCAGGUGAAAGUGAUGUACUCUUUUAGCUCCUUAGCUUGGAACCUCCAGAGACCCAGUGUGGCUGGCUUCAGGUGUUUGAUAGUAGGCAAAAUGAAAACUAUGUUAUUUCAAACAAUCUUAAAUGUGUACAGGUCUGUAUCAGAGGACAAUUCUGCAGUUCAGCACAAUUCCUCAGAGGUGCUGAUCUGGCUGAGGUGUACUGUAGAGCAUCUGGCCCCAGCCACAGAUAUCAAAUGUUCGUUUAUAGCAACACUGGAGGCCUCGGAUUUGACGUAGGGCAGUAGUUCACAGAGCCAUUGCCCCAGUGUAAACAGAUACUUUGCAGACAAGUCAUGAGUACCACUGAUGAACCAUCAGUACUGUUUUAGGAGUCAACUAUGAAGGAACUGUGAUUGCUAGUUCCCCUUCUGAGUCCUUGAUACAUUCCAGUUGCAUCUCUUUGUGGAGGCUGCCUCUGCAAAGGGCAUCCAGACUGGACAGGGAUAUCUCAGAGGCUUGAUUUUGUUUACAUUCCUAUUCCAUAUCAGUAUAAUAGCUCAGUCUGGCUCAAGUUUCAGGCAGCAGAAAGCACAAGAUUGUAUGGAGUGCUUAGACUUCUUUGUGAUUGAGUUGUUCACGGAAGCUGAACUGAAGCAUUAGCAGUACGAAUAACUGUGCAGUAUCACUGAAUGUGUAGGGAAAUAGGCACUGGGGUACAGAAUGCACCCUCCUCAAGUAAAUGGAGGGAUGUGCAGGGAAAUAUUCUGUGCAGCAUUACUCUGGGAGUGAAGAAGUUUCCCAGGAGAACUCUUGGUGACACUUGCUCCAUAUCACAAGCAAAGAAGAAAGCGCCGGUGGCUUUUUUGGCUGUUUAAUCCAACAUCUGUGUUGGGGUGGGGAAAGCACGAUUGCUGCUUACACAUGAAGUCCAUAAAGGGUUAACAUUAAAAAUUUACAGUGAUGAAAUAUCUCUUGGGCUGGACAGGGUCAAUCAAGUUGAUAAUGUUAGCUUGUACAGCUUGCUAGCAAAGAAAAUACCUUGUGUCUUUGCUGCUUGCAAAGCGUAUGAGCAAACUUGGCAAAAAUGAAAAAAACAAACAAAAACAUUUAAAAAGCCAUUUUGAAUAUUUUAUUUUUUUCAGAAUAACUCCUUGGAAUACUUGAUUGCAUAUACAAAUCCAAGGUGUCAUCUUUUGCCCCACAGAUAUUUUCCAAUUACAUCAUUUCUCAUGCUGCAUGUUCUUUUCAUAGGUUUUCAUAGCUUGAUUGAAGUGGAGGGGCUGGUAUAGAAUGGGAAGGAUCCUGACAAUCAUAUCUGGUUUUGAUAAGCACUGCUCAUGCCUUUUUUUCAAAGCUGGCAGUAUCCUGUUGCACUAGGUAGCAUCCCAUCAUCUUCCUGUGACAAUUUAGCUGGAAAACAUACUGCAUUUAGUAGGAUCUCUUAAACAGAGGUGGGAUUUCUAACUUGGUCCAUAUCUCCUUUUCUGAGCUCAUCUUUGAAGUGCCCGUGCAGGAAAAUGAUAAGAUUGAUGUUCAGCUCUGUUAAGCUGUCAGAAAUUCCCUAGAGCUGCGUGCUGGCAGGGUUUGUGGGACUUCAGAAUUACUCUCAAAAUAACAAAUAGGUUUUUCUGUGCAGAUUUGUUCCCACAGUCACUGGUGGUGACUUUUUGUCCCUUUCCAUCCCCACUGGAUGCAACGGUGUCAGCAAGGCCUGAGUGCUGUACCACUUUGUAAGCCAUAUCUACAAAACCUCGUUCCUUUCCCUGCUCUGUUGUAGCACACAGAGAUGGGGAUGUUUGAGCAAAUAAGAGCAGCUUCUGAUCCCUCUGGUGGAGGUGCACAAGAGCCCUCUCUCGGGUAACUUCUCUGAAUGGCCAACCAGUCUUUGGCAUCCCCCCCCAAGGACACGUGACACCGAGUGACAGCUUUGCAGCUGGGAGCACAACCUGAGCUGUGACCUGCACAGCUCUGCAGAUCACAGCAGGCUGUGGGGGCCGUUUGGGGCAGGUAGGUGUGCUGGCAGGUGAUUUUCCUUCUGUUCGUUACUCACAUCAAUCUUGAGGCAUGUAUUGCAGCAGUGGUUUUAGUCUGUUUGUUGCAUUCUCCUCUUGCAGACAUCCUGCAAUGUAGUGUUGCCUUUGAAUAGCCUAAAUAAGUAAGAGGCUGCAGUAGUCUAACCAGAUACGUUAUACAAAGCUCUGUCGUCUUCACACAUUCCUUUGGUUCAGUAAAAAUUGUUUCUUUUCCAGUGCAAAUCCUUGGGUAGUUGUUGUUAAUAGUUGUGAGGCAGCCUCGAGGAGCUGUACUGUGAGUUGAUUUUUCUUUGCAGUAGCAGAGAGGCAUUUUUUGUCCCUGUAGACAAUGAUUGUCACUGUCCAUGAGUGUAUCAGCAGUCCAAGUAAGUGAGCCAACAGUUGAUGUGCUAACAUGCAAAACCCUUCAGAUAGGCCACAAACAAAUGGCUUUCUAAGAAAAUGGGUUCAGCAGGCACCUUCCCAGGCUAUCUGAAGUUCCCCAGCUGCAAAGUGGUUUUGAUUCCGUUACAGAUGACUCUGUGUGCCCUCCUGCUGCUUUCAGUGACAGCAGGAAUACGGCUGUCACUGCAGGGACAGUUUGAUGUGAAGAUGCAGAGCUGAAGGCUGAGCAUUGGCUGCCACGGUUCUUCGGGAGCCAUUUGCUUUCUUGGGGAGCUGGUUUUGUUUUGUAAUUCUCUACUGAAGGGAGAAAAGAGCAAAAAUUCCUGACACUGGAAACUUGCAUGUGUUUGUAAAUGGCAUCAAAGUUGUUUCCAGGCCACAGGAGCUGUUUCCAGCUGCUGGCCAGGCUGGACAGCCUUCUUCAGUAGAUCCACAAGCUGCCAUUCCUGCACUUGGACAUGCUUUGUUUUCUGAUGAAGGAUGUUUAAGGCAGGAGGAAGGGAGGAAAACUUCAACUUCCUCCGUGUUGAGAUAACUGAAGGCAAAUCGAAGGGGCAGACAGUGCUGCUCUCUGAAGAGUUAAAGAUUAAUGCCAAUAGGAAAGCUGUGUUUUGCCAUGGGAGAAGUGGCAUAACUUACGUAUCAAUCAGUUGCUAUUUGUGUGUGUGCACUGAAGUUUUGUUCUUUCUCCUAUGAAAUAUGUCCACGUUUUUUAUGGGGAGUGAGCUGACCGUGCAGUCACUGUCGCAAAGCUGAUGCCACAGUGAGUGGGACCGAGAGCUCUCCUGCAGCCAUGGCCCCGGAGGAGCUCAGCUGCUGCAGCCAACACCUGGAACACUACUGUGGGGCAGAUGGGAGGCCCAGGAAUCCCCCUCACAGCCCAGGGUGCCCUCUGCCAGCACUGCUGCCGUGGGUAUUGUACUGAACCAUUCGGAGCUGAGAUGAGCGUGUUCUCGGGUGAUGUGCUGCCAAAUUGGUGUCCAGCUCUACUCUUGAAAUUGCUGCCCUGUGUCGAUGCUGUUUUUGUCACCGUGUAGAAUCUUGGAUUGUAUUAAAAGGCGUUGGACUGUG